CACCUUCCUCGGAACUCAUCGCUUACAAAUAGCCAUGUUGCACCACGACCUCCGAUCCAUCUCUCCCCAGAAAUGGAUCCCUUGUUCCUGUUCAUAGAGCUGCUCCCUGUCCUCUGCUUCCUCAUCCUGUACUACCACCACCUGCAAUCCAAGAAAACGAGCCCUUUGGAGCCAACCGAAUGGCCGAUCGUGGGGCAUCUCCCCGGCCUGGUCGCCAACAUCCACCACUUCCACAACUGGGCCACCGGCAUCCUCACCGGCACCAGCUACAACUUCGAAGCCCGCGGGGGGCUCACCGGCCUGCGCUACUUCAUCACCUGCGACCCCUCCAACGUGCGCCACAUCUUCACGUCCAACUUCGCCAACUACCCUAAGGGCGACGAGUUCGCCGUGAUCUUCGACGUCCUCGGCGGCGGCAUCUUCAACGCCGACGGGGAGUCGUGGCGCCGCCAGCGGGUGAAGGCCCAGAUGCUCAUGGCCGUCCCGCGGUUCCGGGCCUUCACGGCGCGGUGCAGCCGCGACAAGGUGGAGAAGAGCCUCCUGCCUUUCCUCGCCCACGCCGCCGACGAGGGGACGCCGUGCGACCUGCACGACGCGUUCCUGAGGCUCACGUUCGACAUGACGUGCGCCCUCGUGUUCGGCGUCGACCCUGGGUGCCUGGCGAUUGGCCUGCCCGUGGUUCCCUUCGCGCGCGCCAUGGACGACGCGCUGGAGACGCUUUUCCUCCGGCACAUCACGCCAUGCUGGAAGCUGAUGAGCAGGCUGGAAAUAGGCCAGGAGAAGAAGAUGGCCGCGGCUCGGAGGACGAUCGACAGCUUCGUCGCCGACACCGUCGCGAAACGCCGGGCCGACAAGCUCGAACAAGGCAUCAGCGACUCGGCCGACCUGCUGUCGUCCUUCAUCUGCAACGAGGACUCCAGCGACAACGAUGACGUGUUCUUACGUGACACGACGGUGAACCUCCUGCUCGCCGGCCGCGACACGACGGGCGCGGCGCUGUCGUGGUUCUUCUACCUCAUCGCAACGAACCCACGCGUCGAGCAGAAACUACUGGACGAGCUCGCGCCCGUCGCCUCGCGGAAGGGUGCCGCGGCCAGCGGCGGCAUGGUGACCUUCGACGCGAGCGAGCUGGGCAACCUGGUGUACCUGCACGCCGCCCUGUGCGAGUGCCUGAGGCUGUACCCGUCGGUCCCGUUCGAGCACAAGGCGGUGGUCGCCGACGACGUGCUCCCAAGCGGGAAGGAGAUGAAGGCGGGCGACAAGGUGCUGGUGUUCAGCUACUCCAUGGGCAGGAUGGAGGGCGUGUGGGGCAAGGACUGCGCGGAGUUCCGGCCCGAGAGGUGGCUCAGCGAGGAGGCGGCGGGGACGAAGAAGAAGAAACUGCGGUACGAGCCGUCGUACAAGUUCAUCUCCUUCAACGCCGGGCCGCGGACGUGCCUGGGCAAGGAGAUGGCGUUCGUGCAGAUGAAGACCGCGGCGGCGGCCGUGCUGUGGAACUUCGCCGUCGAGCUCGUGCCGGGCCACGUCGUGAAGCCCAAGCUGUCCAUCAUACUCCACAUGAAGGACGGGCUCGCCGUCAGGGUCAGGAGAAGGGACGGCGUCGCGCGUCACGGCUAGCUAGCCGCUCAUCACGAAGCACACGUCUCCUCGGCCAUGGAAGCACUAGCUAGCUAGUGUGUUAGCUACUGUAUGUUACUACAUACCCGGCUGGAAUCCAACAAUCUACCCAGCACGUUUGCGUGACACGUAUCAGUACGCAUGUGUCCGUAGCAUCUACGUGCAUGCGUAUGCUACUUUGGUGUCUUUACAGUAGCUGAAAAUACGGAUCGGAGCUUCCAUCUACACCGUUGGCCAGCAUACAUACGUAGGUACGGUUGCGAUGUUCUUUAUAUCAUAUUGCUUCAGCUCAGUCAUGUGACGUGUGAUUGUACCAGUGUUCUUUAUGUGAGAGUGAUCCAACCCCCAUGCAAA